AUGCGGCUCGACCCGUUCGGACUUACGGGACCACCUACGUCGAAAAAAUGCAGAGAAGAGAAGAAAAGGGAGCGGGAAAAGGACAACGAGCAGCAGCUCUGGUUAUCGUCGUCAUCGUCAUCGUCAUCGUUAUCGUCGAUCUCGUUCGUGGAGUGUGUACGGUCGGACCGCGCCGCGUGUCGACCGUAUGCGUCGCCCAGGUCAUCCCCCAGGUCGAUUUGCGAUCGCGUCGUCGACGACGGUGGCGUAUCCGCCGCGCAACAUCAGCAACAGCAGCAGCACCAUCACCACUACCACCACCACCACCACCACUACCACCACCAGCACCAGCACCAGCAUCAGCAUCAACACCACCAGCACCACCACCACCACCACCACGAGGCCCGGCUCUACGAGGUCGGACACAGACCCGAUGAGAAAGCCGGAACUGCCACUGCCUUUCGCAUCUCUCGCGAUUCCGUUUCGCGUGGCGUGGUGCGCGCGCGCACACGUGAUUGUCACGAGGAUCACGAGGACGAGGAUGAUAACGAUGAUAGGGACACGUUGCGCGCGCGAACGCGCAUUCUUCGCGAUGAUCAUCCAUCGUCGCGGGCCCCGCGAUUCGCUCGAAGAGCAAGAAGAAGAUCACGAAGGAGACGAGAAAGCGGAACGAUCUCCGAGGAGGAACCCGGCAUGGCUACCUCGGCCGUUUCUUUCGUCGACGUGCAUGCUUACACUGCCUAUAGCGAUGACGAUGGAAAAAACGACGACGACGAUAAUGACAACGAGGGACAAGCGCGUCGCGAGCGAAAGAAAAACCAUGGUUGGUUCGAGGAGACCCAUGAAGAAAAUGGAAACGAUGACAACGCGCGUGUUAGUGUUUCGGAUAAUUCGCGCGACGAAUGCAAACAUAAAAGCGCGAACGAGGACGCGCCUCGUGAGGACUAUAUCCGCACCGAGGUGGAUGCGAGUAGUCGUGGUGUAUCCAAGAGUGAUCAGUGGACAUCGCAAUCUUCUUCGUUUGAAGACGGGAAGAAGGAUCGCGAGCGCAUCGAUGGUUACGGUCGUGGGUACCCGACAGAGGUGGACGAGAUGUUCGACGGGCAAGGACGAAGAAAGGGAGAAGAAGAAGAAAGAGGAGGAGAAGAAGAAGGAAGAGGAGGAGGAGGAGGAGGAGGAGGAGGAGGAGGGUAUAACAAGUGGAGACGUAGCGAUAACACUGCCUGGUUCCAAAAGCCAAUUACUAGGAGAAAAGGAAGAGGCGGAGGAAGAGAAGAAGGAAGAGGAACAGGGGAAAAGCCGCGUAUUCGCAGAAGCUACUACAGGCUGCUGCUGUUCGUGCUGUACCUUCUGGCGUGGCCCCUACUAUGCUCGAGUAGUCCCUCAGGUCACCCCGCCUCGACUUUCGCACAAAAUCCGACUCUCGCGCACGUCAAGAAUUCCGCGCCACGGGGUAACGUCACGCCACCGGACACGUUGUUCUCGUCGUCGACGGUUAUCGAGCACCAAUACCAGCAUUCGCAAAAAUACGUUCAGGGCGAUCACAAUACCGAUAGCGAGCGUCAUCGACAUCAUCAGCAACAGCAGCAGCAGCAGCAGCAGCAGCAGCAGCAACAAUCGAAGGAAGAGUAUCGGGAACAGUCGGAUCAGCAGAGACUCGAACAGCGGCACCCCUACAACGAAUAUGCCUGGGAGAUGAACCAAAUGAAUCCCUGGCUGUCGGCCUGCGAUCUGGCGGGACCAGCGCCGACCGAUCUUCAGGGUAGCUGCGGAGCACCUUCGCAGGAGGUGCCCAAGUACUGCCCGAAGACGUGUAAAAACGCUUCCGAGAUAAUGAAGACCUACAAUAAGAAGAGAAAAGGGGGGGUCGAAGAUGGAGGCGAGAGCAGUCGACACGGCGGUAAAUAUAGCUCUGAUAAAAAGGAGGGGAAGGAACAGUGCCUUUUAUAUCUCGAGGAUUCGCACAAGAACAUCAUCUGUCAGAUGGAGAAGAAAAAUCGUAUUGGUCUGUUACGUCGGCUGCGUCUACCGCACUGCUGCGAGCACACGGUGUUCAACGCCCUGGCGCCGGGCAAGGGCGGUCCGCUCGAAGACGUGCUAUACGGUAGCGAGAAGUGCAAAAUUGCCUUGGACAAGCUGGUGAGCGUUACUGCCCUGGCCGCGAAGCUGCAUUGCGAGUUCGAGGAGGUACUGGCGCGCUACGAUUGCGCUCAGUCGUACUCCGUCAUCCACAACUGCACCCAUUGCAAGGAGGCGUAUAGGAAAUGGGUGUGCAGCUCCCUGGUGCCUUACUUUGCUCACGAUCCGAAAGACGUGGAAAACUUGGAGGGCAGCUGGACCAGAUUAAGGCCCUGCCGAUCCUUUUGCCAGACCGUGGAGCAACGUUGCCCCUACUUCCUUCCGGGCGAUCGUGCCCCCGCAUACCCCACACAAUACGCCGGCGAGCCCACUUUUCUUUGCAGAGACCCGAACAUCCUCGAGACCGGCGAGCAGGCCGCGAGGUCAUUGCACAGCAUCAGUGGCGACGAGUGCUGCUUCCACGUAUGCUCCGAGGAUACUAGAGAGGGUAUCUGCGUCAACUGCGAGGAGCCGUGGAAGCAUGGCGAUCUUGACGACCGCGGGACGGCGCCUCAAUGCGACAGCCCCCCUCAGUCUGGUUCUACAGGUCCGGGCUCGAAGACGGUCCAACCGGAAACGUCCACGGUCAGCGGCGUGGACCAGGACGCUCCUUCGUCCAGCAGCACGGCGGCGCCUUCGACCACCACCGUUGGCCAAAAGGACACGGCGUUCUGCGGUAGCGGCCGCAUCGGCUCGAUAUCGAGCGCGUCCUCGCCCGGCCGACCGAGCCCGUCGAUCGUCCUUCAACUUUUCUGGCUCUGUUCGAUCCUGAUCUCCCUCCCCGCGAACGCGCUGCAGUACAACGCCGUGUCCUGGAGUCCCUCCGGAUUCCUCCGCUCGAUCGGUCCCGGUCUGCACCUUUCGGGCGCGUUCGUCCUGCGGAGGGUCUUCAACGAUCUUCGCGUUUCCUUCAGUUCACGCUCGACCGGGAUCUACCGGCUUGCCGUUGUGCGUUGCCUCCUGUUCGUCCUCGGGAUGCCCGGACGGGCGGUGAUGAAGUGCCGUCGUCGCGGAUGGUGGUGGUGGAGAUCCUGGAGGAGGUCCAGCAGCCGACAUUUCCGCUGGAAAUUCCUUCGUCGUUUCGGCCUCGCGUCCCGGCGACGGCGGCGGCGGCGGCGGUCGUCGUCCGUCUUGCGAAACGUGUCGAUCACUGUCCUCGAGCUUUUCCUCAAGUUCGCGGCGAAGUGUCGGUGUCGCGAUUGGUGGUGGUUGUGGCGUCGGUGGCGAAAGUGCGGAUCGACAGGCGGCCGAUAUACGGAGCUUGUCCCUCGGAAGAAGAUACGUCGGACGAGUCACGUCGGGGCGGCACGUCGACGACGCGGGAGAAGAAGAGAUCUCGCCAGGAUUCUCAGGAUGGAUGUCGCGAGUUCGACCAAAUCGAUAUCCAGGAAGGACCCGCCAUAGGGUGGCCAGCUUCGUUUUCCUGGAUACGCAGGAUCGUACGGGUUUUACUUCUGUCGCGGGCUAUCCGCGAGAGCUUGUCUCCACGGUGUGCCGGAGUACUUGAGAAGCACGCAGACUCGAUCGAAGCGAAACUCGAUCGAGGACAGAUCGACGUAGCGAAACGUCGGACGAAAUACGAGGAAGUAUACGAAGGAUCAGGGGAUGUCCCCGGGAUAUUGUACGGGUAGAAAGAACACCAGCACUGCGAGAGGAGGAUAAUGAGGAGGAAGAGAGGGCUGCGAAGGGAUCUAAGGAUCAAGUGGAGGAGCGUGGGCCAGUCUCGUCGACGCCUUCGGUUCCGCAGACUAGAGCAAAAGAGGGAGGAAAGGGAGAUCAAAAAGAACAACUUCAUCACAAAACAACAAGAACAACCGAAGGAAACGUAAUGUCUAGAGCUAAUAAUAAUGAUAAUAAUACAAUAAUAAUGAAUAAAACAAAAUAAAAUAAUAAAUAAUGAAUAAUAAUAUAGUUAACAAUAAUGAUAAUGCUGGAAAUAAUAAUAAAGAUUAAAUAAUGGAGUAAACGAUAUAAAUAUAUAAAUAUAUUAUAUAUAUAAAGAGAAACGAUUGAAGAGUAACGUUACAGUAAACGAUAGAAUGAUAACGAUACAAUUAUUAUUAUAUAUUAAAUUACGUUACACACGAUGCGAGUGAGUGAAAAAAAAUAAAAAUAUGAGAGAAGAGAUAGAGUGUGCGUGCGUGCGUGCGUGCGUGUGUGUGUGUACGUAUGUGUGAGAAAGGGUGAUAAAAGAUGGGGGAGAAAGAGAAUAGAUGCUGAAUCCGAUGAGAGCAGACGUAUAGGUACACAAAAGAACACAUACACAUUGGGGUAUAAGUCGUUAAACUUUAAUGAGGCAACAUUAAAGAAAGAAAAACUGUAGAUAGGUAGUUUCUUCGGCCAGAGGAAGAGAGAGAGAGAGAGAGAGAGAGAGAGAGAGAGAGAGAGAGAGAGAGAGAGAGAGAGAGGAUGGUAUUUUGAACGCACGGGGAGAGGGAAGGGGUUGGGGGGUUGGUAUAUUCUUAUAUAGCCGAUGUGGACCUGCUGCAGGGAAAAGGGGAUGUAAAAACGCGGCACGGAAUGAUAAGUAAGCACGACGUUAUCGAUUAUAAUAUGUGUUCGUUUAGACAUUACUGCAAAUAAUAAUCGUAAAUAUUAAAACACAUAGACCUGUAACGAGAACUGAGUCGAAGUGGAGAGGGUGUAUGCAUGUAUGUAUGUGUGUACGUGUGUGUGUGUGGGGAUACGUGUAUGUAUUAUACAUGUAUUUGUGCGAGUGAUAGGACGCGGGUUUGGGAGAUAAAGGGAGAAGUAAAGGGAAAGCGGAGAGAAAGAGGAACAGAAUGACAGGCUGAGAGAAAUGUAGAAACGAGAACGAGGAAAUGACGAACGACGCGUGGAAACAUGGAACAAAAAUUCCGGUGAGGGGUGGAUUUGCCGAUCGAGACCGAGAAUCGAGAAGGGCGCGGAGGGGAGUCGAAGGGUAUAGAGGAACGAAUAAUUUAGAAUCGACUUUUUUUCCGUUCGUCGCGUCGGGGAAGCGAAAACACGCGAAAUUCCGAGAAAAUCUCUGCUUCCGUCCUGUGUUCCGCAUCUCGAGCCUCGAAUGCAUCGCCUCGACGCGACGCGACGCGAUGCGUUCGAUUAUCGGGAUCGACCAUGCGGAAGGCGGUGUCGGCGUUGAACAGAGUGGAGAUUGGUCGCGCGGGAUCACAUUGGUGAUUCGUUACACGCGAAGAAGUGUCGGGACUUCGAUUUCCUCUUAGGCUCGUCAUGAUUUCAAGCGUCAUCGAUUUUUUCCCCUCCCCUUCGGAGUCUGCGACAGAUUUAUUACAUUUCGAGCUCGAAUCGAUCGCGCUUUCUCCUUUCACCUGUUAUAUCCCAUUCUUCAUUUCGUUCUUUUCGCUCGACGACUCUUUUUUUUUUAUCCUUUAUUUCGCUCGAUGAUUUCUCUUGGAAGCUCGUGCGUUCGUUCUUGGGAUAUUUCAAGAUGUAGCAUCUAGAGAUAAGAUUGCUUCAUUUAUCGCGAGGGUAGAAAAAUUGCGAGUCGAUUUCAGGAUGGGGGGGGGGGGGGGAGGGACGAUAAGAAUUAAUUGCGCCAAAGAAAAUUCUGAACGAACGCGAAGAAGGUCAGGACAGGCAAAGUUUAGCUGAUUUUCGAAAGAGUAGACCGAAAACGUAAAAAUCCUGUGAAAACAAAAUCCCGUGAAUGUCUUCAUUGAAUUGAAGAGAUACGAAGUAGUUAAGGAAACAAAAGUGUACGAAGUUAAAGCCACUCGUACUAGCGAGCAAGGGAAGAGGAGGGUAAGGGGGUAGUGGGGGGAGAAAGGAGAAACGUCGAAGGGAUACGACCGACGAAUCGAAAAGAAAGCGAACGAUGCCAGUACCGGGUGUAGUAACGAAAGGAUAGUAGGAUAUAGUAACCAAAGGAAAGUCGAGUUUUCGAGGGGUCGUUCAGUUUGUGUAACGAGAGACUCGGUGUAACCCUCUCCCCGAGGAGAGGGAAAAAGACAAGAGAGACCGGCGGAAAGUAUCCAACGGCACGGAUGCACACAUACACACGUGUACAUGCAACCACCAUCUUCGACGUAAAAUAAAACGUAGAACGAGGAAGGAGGAUGUCUUCGAUCACGUAGUAGAGUAAGGCGCGGAACAAGAGGAUGGUGUCUUCGAUCAUGUAAAAUAAGAAGGGUGACAAGAGAGGGGAAGUUCUCGAUCCGCGCGGUACAGCGCGGAAGGAGAGGAGGACGAAGAGAAAUGGUGAGACGAGAGGGGGUGUAGGAGGAGGAGAUCACACGAUACGCACAAAUUCGCCCACCGCCUAAAGAAGUCGUUAAUUGUUCGUGUUGUUUCUCGUUGUUGAGCCGAGCGAAGCCACGCGAGGCCGGACAGAGCAGUGACGGACAGAUGUAAAAAAAAAAAAAAUAAAUAAGUAAAUAAAAGAAUGGAAGAAAGAGACUCGUGAAAGAGAGGUAGCCUCCUGAGAAAAUAUACCUGUAUAUAUCUGCCAUCAUGGAAGAAAACCGCGGACGGUUCGAUUUUGCGGAUCGUCCCGUCCUCGAUCUUAGGAUCACACACGCGCACAUUCACGUCACACGCGUCCACACAUGAAUAAAAAUAGACUGUACACACGCAACUCGUAUUUUGCACGAGACACACUGCGGGAAACGUCUCGCGCGUCACACCUGUUCCGAUCGGAGAUAGAACAGGUGAUUUGACUCGACGAAUAACACCGCGACGCCGACGACUCUUUCUGAUUUGAGGGAGGUAACCCCUUUGGCUCGCCCCCCUCUCUCUUUCUCUCUCUCUUUUUCUCGCAUUUCCUAUCUCACCCUCGAUCGCGUAAAUCUCGUGGAAAUAAUUGCGAAGAGCUUCUCGAUCUCGAUCGUUUAUCUUUGUUUCACACAUGUGAAAAACACAUCUCGUUCGAAUUUUGAGUUUAAUACAGUUUUAAAGAGAGAUACAUUAUUAACAGUUAUAUUUAUAUUUCUGUAAUAAUAUACGUUAUUUUUUUAUAUUUUUAUUCAAAGAAAGUAAGCCUGUCACUAUUAGGUUCGUUUAAAAUUAAUCUGUCAAACUGAACAAUUUUUUAAUGCAACAUUUAACCGGGGCUCAAGAGGGUUCAAAAUGAACGAACGGACGUUUCACAGUCUCGUUAAUAAUUAAUACUACGUAAAUUGUCCGACAGGCAAAUACGGCCUAAUUACGCCGAGAGGGCGAAGCUCCGAGGAGCAUAAUUUUGCAAUCAACUUCGAUCCACGCGAAGGGCCAGGAGGGAACGAAAGGGGAUAGGAAAGCCGAGUCGCGCCUUCGUGCUGAGUCAGAGUGCGAGGCGUCGUGCUUUGAUUAAUCAUCGCCGAAUCCGAUUAUAAUCUGUUACGCCAGGCUUUCGGAAAAACGUCCAUCACGAGAGUCCAAAAAAUUCAUUUGCGCGAUCCGUAUAUACGCGAAUCUUAUUUUAACUCGGAAAAUCUAUGGCGACAGAUAGGCGAGUCGAAUCAAGAGCCAAAUAAACUAAUUAUUCUUCUAGUUCACUAUUGGGAAUUGAUGUCUCCUUCGAGUUGCUUUUGUCUUAAAAUUUCUGCGCUCAAAUGUACAGAAAAUAUUUAUACGUAAAGAAUUACAAUGACGUUUUUGUUAAAAAUACUAUCCUCCAGCAAAGAAUUUUAUAUUACAAAAAACGAAUUAAUAUAUACGUGUUUAAUGUUAAAAAAUUAUAUUUAUUACGCGCGACAUAAUUUUAUCAUGCAAGUUUAUUCGCUUAUCGUUACCGAGCGAAUCGGAUUUUUAUGUGAAACUUUCCAACGUUUGUAAACAAAUGUAGCUUGUUUCGAAGCUCUUUAUUAUCUCAAAAAAGCCAAGUAACAAAUUGCUCGGGUACGUAACUGCGGCACGUUAGUAUCUGUAUUUUACGUACGCAUCUAUAUUCAUGUAGACGUAAAUGCAUCAUAUGGGCGCGGAGAAAAUGCCGGGCGCAGAAAUUGUUUCGGGUUGAGUUACGAUCAUCCAUCCCGAUCGACCGUUUUGCUAUUUACUCAGUCUAGCGAGAACGCUAAAGAGUUCUCGUUGGGAUAUCUACUUUGAGAAAUUUAUGAACGCGCGUUGCGCGAGAAAAUGCGCGGUAGGUAUAAUUGGAAAAUGAAUUUAAUUUGAUUUCAUUUCAUUUAUUGUGCACUCACAAACUUAAGAUAUAUACAAAGUAUAUGCACAAAUACACGAAAAGGGUGAGGUUAAGUGCGUGCCGCACGCAAGUAAAAUCCGAGAAAAUGUUGCAGCGCUAAUUGAAGAAUCUAAUUCAAUUAUGCGCAUUCGUCGCAAUUAGUUUUUUCUGGUAACAAGAAAGAUCCACUUGUUUCGAAGAAGCGUGCGUUAUGAAGUUAAAAACAUGAAUCGCCAUUUCCAUCCCGAUUAAUAUCCCUAUUCGGAGAUAUAAAUAUUUAAAUAUUUCGUCAUUCGCGAAGCAAAUGUGCUUUCAUAAGUGUCAUAUGAGUUUUAUAUGUAUCAGUACAAUCGUCUCAUAUUACAUCUUUUACUUCUUAAUGAAAUUUUAUCACAUAUCUCUCUAAAUGUGACCUCACAAAUGCGUUGCAUUAUAGAUGACUACAAAUAUUGCAUUCUGCAAUAGUUUCCUUUAAAAACAAGUUUGCCGUAGGAAAUGGUAUCGUUAUAUCUCAUCUUACAUGUUCGUUUUUAUUUAAAUGACCACGAAUAUUGCUCUCUGCAAUAAAAUAGUUUUCGUUACAAAGAAAUCUCAAUAAAAAUCGGCAUAAUCAUGGGAUUUAAUAUAGUUAAUUAAUUGUGGUAUAAUUUGAUACGAUAUUAUAAUUAUAAUUAAUGAAGACUUAAACCAAAGCGAAAAAUCAUUAUUAAUUAUAAUUUAAUGAAUUUAAUUACUAUGUCCAAUGAUGAGACGAGUACACCGAUUUUCUAUACAUUAUGUUAAUUUGUGAAGAAAACUAUUUUAUUACGGAAUGCAAUAUAUUUAUAACCAUAUGGAUCGCCAUUUGCAUCCGAUGGAAUUUAGAAUCUAGAAGAAUAGCUGUAAUACGAGACGAUUGUACUGGCACCGAGAUAUGUAAAUCAGUAAAAUUUAAUUAAAGUGAAAUAAUUGUAUAAAACUGUAUGACAAACCUUUGAGGCUCCAAGAUAGUCGGGAUCGCACUUGGGAUCCACUGACUACAAGUCUGCUGCUUUCGUUUGGAGCCACUCGUUCGAGUUAUCCCAUCGAGGAUUAAUCGUGAUGGAAAUUCUGACGUUUUACCGCAGAAAUUUCUCCGUAGUUGAGAAAUACAUUUCGCUCAAUCGAUUACAAUGUCUGAGGUCUUUGCGAUAAGAACGGGGUAAGAAAACAGGAGGAAAAAGCGGAUGGUACAUGAGUGGGUAAAUAGCAAACGGUGCGGCGAAAGGGUAGAGUCAUUGCUGUAGGAAUACCGAGGGAGGAAGGGUGAUAGAAACGGGGGAGAAAGGGGGAAUAGAGAAGGAGUGACAAGAAGGGUAAGUGAGAAAGAGAAAAGGGAGAGCGUGAUCGUUGUCAUCAUCGUAAUUGCAGGAAAUCGUGUAAGAGAAUAGGGUGUGCCCGUUGCGCGUCACGGAGGAAAAGAGAGAGGGAAAGCGAGAAGGAAAGAGGCAUCCGGCUUCACGCGCGUGUUAAUUAUGUUGUUAAAUACGUUGUCCAAUACGUGAUUGUUACUCAUUUACACUUAUAAGGUAGAAAAUAAAAAAAGGUACAUUCGCAGAGCAUUCUCGUCGCGAAGAAA